UUCGAAUUUCGAAACUUUCUUCCAUAUUCGUUAUGAUUGAUGUAAUUUUGAAAUGGCCGUUUAUUACCGGCCAGUGUAAUUAAUUCAAUUAUUUGUGCUCGGAUAUGAGUUUGAGAGACUUUGUGAUGUGGGCGCAUAUGUAUUUGAUAGUGUUGGGAAUUUCAGUGUUGUUCCGAUGUACGGAUUCCGUUGAUUUGCCCCGGUUUGUUGGUCCGGGGUCGAACGUAACCGUCGCCCUGGGCAGGGAUGCGGCGAUCACCUGCAGGGUCGACAAUUUACAGACUUUUAAGGUGGCAUGGCUUCGAGUAGACACGCAGACAAUCCUCACAAUUGCUGGUCACGUCAUAACCAAGAACCACCGGAUCAGCGUCAGCCACGGCGAUGGUGCGUGGACGCUGGGCCUGAGGGACGUCGGCCCAUCGGACGGUGGACGGUACAUGUGCCAGGUCAACACCGAGCCCAUGAUGAGUCAGACACACCAGCUCCAGGUUGUCGUUCCACCAGACAUUGACGACGAGGUGAGCAGCAGUGAAAUAUUGGUGAAGGAAGGUGAGAAUGCUGCACUUCGAUGCGUAGCAUCAGGAACUCCACUUCCAAACAUAGCUUGGAGGAGAGAAGACUCGAGGCAUUUCAAGAUUGACAACCAGACAUUAGUAUCUAAAUGGACUGGGCCGUGGUUGAAUUUCACUGCUGUGGAGAGGACAUCGUCAGGGGCGUAUUUAUGUAUAGCAACGAACGGUAUACCUCCAUCGGUCAGCAAGAGAAUCCAAAUUAAUGUUAUGUUUGCUCCAUCAGUCUGGACUGGCCGAGUCGCUCUCCGGGCUCCAGUGGGCGGCGCUGUAUCCCUCCAAUGCACUGCUGAGGCAUAUCCAGUACCACAGGUCUACUGGACCCUGAAUGGUGAACACAGACUUGUUAACGAGUCGAAACAUAGAAUCAGUAUGUCAACCCGAGGCUACCGUCACACCCUGACUCUGUUAGUGUCAGACAUGUCUCUGGAGGACGCGGGAGCUUACAGGUGUCAAGUGGAGAAUUCCCUCGGCAGGGCGCAGGCGGAGUUAUUUUUGCACAUGCUGACCACGACCACAACAACGACAACAACUACGACUACUACCACCACGACCACGACAACAACAACUACAGAGCCGCCAUCGACCACCACACCUGCGUACGAUGCUGAAAGGCACUUGGAACAAUUACACCGGGGAGUUCUCCAAGAUCCGGGUAUGGAUAAUCCGUACAUUGUGCUCAGUCAACACCAAAUGCAGAAUCUCGAAAUGGUAACAACAAUGUGACCGGAGGCAGGGCGCGGCCUGGCCCCCUGGAACGAAGGUUGGCCGCCCCACGACUCUGCACCGAAAUACACCAACACUAUGUGGACACUUGCACUAGCCACACUAGUGCUCAUAGCGUGACCAGUUGCCUGGUGAGUGAAGUAGGGACGUUUACGAAGUAUUACAAAAUGCAA